AUGAAACUCCUCUUCCUCCUCGUCCCCCUAGUCCUAGCAUGCACCAAAAACGAAGACUGUAACCUAAACGGUCAAUGCAACCAAACCUGCAUCUGCGAUCCAGGCUGGACAGGCAAAACCUGCGGAAAGCUCGACCUCCGCCCCGGCCCAACCUCCAAUGGGUACAAUCGUACAGAAGAGGGGAUCUCAUCAUGGUGUAACGAAAUCAUCCAUGAUCCCAUAAACAAAGACCUUUACCACCUUUUCGUUUCCGAAUUCACGCACGGCUGCGGACUGGACUACUGGUCUCCGUACAGUCGGAUUAUUCGUGCGGAAUCGGUGCAUCCUUUGGGUCCGUAUACCUUGAAGCAGGUUAUUGUGUCUGCUUUUGCGCAUAAUCCUUCCGUGGUGUGGAGUGAAAGGGACAAGGUAUUUCUACUUUAUCAUAUUGGGUGUUCGCAAGAUGUGCCGGCCGUGUGUGAGAAUAUGGAAUUCUCGUGUGGGCCUGGGAACACUGUUAAUGGGGAGAGUGGGAUUAGUGUUUUGUCUUCUGAGGAUUUGGUUCAUUGGUCUUCCAGGGGACGAGUGGUUUCUGGCAGUAAUGGAGGUUGGGAUGCUGAUGUUACCAAUCCUGCUCCGUUGCAUGUUGUUGAUGUUGGGACUGAUGAGACGAUGCUUGCUUAUCGGGGGUGCCCGUUUAAUUGUAAUGGGACGGAAAGGAUCAAUGUUGCGUCUGCGUUGGGGUAUACUGGUCCGUAUACUGGUCAUUCUGGCCCUGUGUUUGAGGAACCCAGUGAGGAUCCUUUUGUUUGGGUGGAUAAGCGUGGGAACUUUCAUAUGCUGGUGCAUUCUUUACUACCUGAUGCAGGAUUCGGGGAUGGUCCCAAUGUUGGGCGUCGUGGUUAUUCGAAGUCUUGGGACGGCCCUUGGGUGUUUGAUAUGGAGACGGUGGCUUUUGAUACAAAGGUUUUGUUCAGUGAUGGAUCAAGCAUUGAGUACUAUCGGCGAGAGCGUCCUAGUCUUUUCUUCAGUGAAGAUGGAGAAAUGACUCCGUUGUUUCUUUCGACUGGGGUUCAAGAGGUGAACUCUUCUGCCAGUUAUUCGUUGAUCCAGCCAGUUGGUGGAACUUAG